AUGAUAAGUUCUAUGAUAAAAGUAUACCCAAUCACCGAGUUAACAAUACAUACUGUCCUGCUUCAUUCAAUUAACUCCACAGUAAUUGAUGCAUUUAACUACACAGUAAUUGAUGCAUUUAACUACACAGUAAUUGAUUCAAUUAACUACACAUUAAUUGAUUCAAUUAACUACACAUUAAUUGAUUCAAUUAACUACACAGUAAUUGAUUCAUUUAACUACACAGUAAUUGAUUCAAUUAACUACACAGCAAUUGAUUCAUUUAACUACACAUUAAUUGAUUCAAUUAACUACACAGUAAUUGAUUCAAUUAACUACACAGCAAUUGAUUCAUUUAACUACACAGUAAUUGAUUCCAUUAACUACACAGCAAUUGAUUCAUUUAACUACACAUUAAUUGAUUCAAUUAACUACACAUUAAUUGAUUCAAUUAACUACACAGCAAUUGAUUCAUUUAACUACACAGUAAUUGAUUCAUUUAACUACACAGUAAUUGAUUCAAUUAACUACACAUUAAUUGAUUCAAUUAACUACACAGCAAUUGAUUCAUUUAACUACACAUUAAUUGAUUCAAUUAACUACACAUUAAUUGAUUCAAUUAACUACACAUUAAUUGAUUCAAUUAACUACACAGUAAUUAAUGCAUUUAACUACACAGUAAUUGAUUCAAUUAACUACACAUUAAUUGAUUCAAUUAACUACACAGUAAUUAAUGCAUUUAACUACACAGUAAUUGAUUCAAUUAACUACACAGCAAUUGAUUCAUUUAACUACACAUUAAUUGAUUCAAUUAACUACACAUUAAUUGAUUCAAUUAACUACACAUUAAUUGAUUCAAUUAACUACACAUUAAUUGAUUCAAUUAACUACACAUUAAUUGAUUCAAUUAACUACACAUUAAUUGAUUCAAUUAACUACACAUUAAUUGAUUCAAUUAACUACACAUUAAUUGAUUCAAUUAACUACACAUUAAUUGAUUCAAUUAACUACACAUUAAUUGAUGCAUUUAACUACACAUUAAUUGAUUCAUUUAACUACACAUUAAUUGAUUCAAUUAACUACACAUUAAUUGAUGCAAUUAACUACACAUUAAUUGAUUCAUUUAACUACACAGUAAUUGAUUCAAUUAACUACACAGCAAUUGAUUCAUUUAACUACACAUUAAUUGAUUCAAUUGACUACACAUUAAUUGAUUCAAUUAACUACACAUUAAUUGAUUCAAUUAACUACACAUUAAUUGAUUCAAUUAACUACACAUUAAUUGAUUCAAUUAACAACACAGUAAUUGAUUCAUUUAACUACACAGUAAUUGAUACAUUUAACUACACAGUAAUUGAUUCAUUUAACUACACAUUAAUUGAUUCAAUUAACUACACAUUAAUUGAUUCAAUUAACUACAAUUAA